AUGGAUCCUACUGACUCCAGCUCGAAGGGGCCAACUCUAAAAACCGAAAAAACGACUGUAUACGAUCGAAACUUUGAAAUCCAUCUGACUGACUACGGUAUUUUUUUGCCCAAUUCUAUAUACCCAGAUGGGACCAACGUCUGUGAACCAGAGAAUAUUGCCGAAAUUCAAAGACGUCUACGAGCUCCUCGUCCAUCCCCUGUAUUGUCCGAAGAUUCUCUGCGCCAAAAAUAUAAAGAAUUCCAGCAACUCAACGACAGGACUCCCGACGAGCAGCUCGUGAUCAAGAAAAUCCUUCCGAUUCUUGACGGUCCGCAACAAGCGUCUUUUCAUGAUGGUGGCAAUCACCCAUUCACGAAUCUGGCGUCGCUCACGAACGGCACCCUCGCCAAUGCCAAGCCUGAUAUUUAUUACGGCGCGCCGCCUCAUCAGCUGCAUCCUCGUGUCCGGGAACAGCUCAGUGACCAGAUUAUCCCCACCCGGCAGGGCAACCGCCCUAUCACGCCUAAUUUCUUCGUCGAGACAAAAGGCCACGAUGGCUCGGACACCGUGCUGAAACGUCAGGCCUUAUAUGAUAGCGCUCUGGGUGCCCGAGCGAUGCAUUCCCUCCAGCAAUAUGGACAUGCACAGGGGUGUAGCAGCAGCAGCAGCAGCAAUCGACCGCGGGUUGACGAUGGCUCCGAUCCUGCUCCUGCUCCUGCUCCUGCUCCUGCUCCCGCCCAUGAUUCUCCCUACGACGACCACGCCUACGCGAUGUCGUCGACCUUCAAAAACGGAAUUCUGGGCAUCUACGCGACACAUCCGACGCGGACUCCGAGCAAUAUCGACUCCGGCGCAAACCAUCAGACGGAUUACGUGAUGACCCAGGUCGGGCAUUACUCCUUGAUCGGGAGUCCGGAAUCCUACCAACAGGGUGUGAACGCGUAUCGCAAUAGCAGGGACCUGGCAAAAGAAUAUCGGGACGAGUUUAUCAGGCAGGCAAAUGAGCGACAUGAAGCUGGUCGUUAG